AUGACCACAUCAGUAGUAAGGGACGCACUAACCUCAACUGGAGAAGAUACUGCAGGCUCCUUUGAAGGAGCAGUUUGCAGAGAAGAAUUCAUAGUUGGAGGAAGCGCAGUAGGAAUCAAAGGAGGAAAAUGGGAGAGUGAUAAAGGCAAGGAAGGGUCAGGGGGGUCAGGGGGAAUAGGAGGAGGCGGCGAGAUACUACCACCAGCAGUGGGAGGCAGCGGUUGCAGGCCGGAAGCACAGCCAUCAGAGAACCAGCGGUUCUGCAUUUUGUAA